CGUCAACAUUUUUAAAUGGAAAAAUAAUCACGUGUUUGUGGAGUGAAGAGUUUAGAUUUAUUAUUAAAUCUAUAAUGGUAACAAAGAAAGUAAAAGAGUAAUGAAUAUGUUUAUACUCGUAAAUAAUUGAAAUUAGUGUAUAUAUAGAAAUUUAACAUGUCUCGUCGUCGAAAUGUUGAAGUGGUACCAUUGAUGGAUAAAGACGACGAUUGGAAAGAACAAGAUCUCGAAGAUUUAGUUUUGAAUGAUAUAUUGGAUAAUAUAAAACAAUAUCCACAAGUAGUUUCAUACAGACAACUCUGGAAAUCAAUUAUUUUGAUAUCAUUAGCUUCAUUUAUAUUAGGAAUUAUCACAUCUUACUAUUUAUAUAAUGUUUUUAAUGCUAACAAUUCAACAGUUCAAGUUGCUAAGAAAAAUGUGUAUAUAUACAUGAAAGAAAAUCUGUAUGAAGAUAUUAAUCAUAAAAACAUAGAAGAACAUUACAGAAUUCUACAGAAAACAGGAAGUGAGGAAUUACUUUCUUAUAUAAAAAAUAAUUGGGUAAAGGAAGGGCUUGAUACAGUGAAUAUUAUGUCUUACAAUUUUCUUACGUCUUCUAGUGAAGGAAGAUCGGAACAGUUAUCAAUCGUUGAAUCAAAUCAAAAUAAUUCGGAAAGCAUGAAGGAUGAAAAGAAUCAUUUUUAUGAAGUAAAAUGUAUUUAUUGUGAUUGCCCAUUCAUAAAGGAUCAAAUAGUGAUUUGAAAGAUGUCUGACAGGAUUCCUAAACAUAAAUGCAUUUCACAAUAUUAAAAUUAAAGGAUAAAUCUGCAUCUGCAGAUAAAAACACUGCCAAGAACUUUCCAGAAAAACUAUCCAAAAUAGUAAGAGAGGGUGGUUAUGUUCCUGACCGGAUUUUCAACAAUGAUGAAACAGAUCUAUACUGGAAUAAAAUUUUUGGUCACUUUUUACACAGUUUUUUGAAUGAAAUAUAAUUAUUUAUUUCAUUUCACAUGGGUUUUAAUUAAUAACUUGGAACAUAUCUCCCAUUUUACUAUAGGAAACAUCAGCUGUGCAUGAUUUUUUGAGGAAUGUAUCUUCUGUAAAAAUCAAAUUGGGUAUAAUUGUUACCAUCUCUAAGGCAUACAAUACAGAGCAAGUUCUCUAUGCAGUCCUGAGUAAGUCGUCUCAUUAGGAGAAAUUCAAAAUCAUAUUUUUUCCACUAAUUCUCUUCGCAAUAAGUGCAUUUAUGUUCUCUAGCUGUUGAAAACCUGAAAUUCUCUCAAGAACGAUGUCAUUUCAUUUACAGUUUGCAGGGUGGUGAAUCAUCUCUGAAAUCCAAAUUGACAGAAGCACACAAAAUGUCAUAUUCCUUGUAAACCACAAAAGAAUCGCAUACGUCUCAGAGAUUGCACUAAACCAGGUCAGAAGAUGGCAGUGCUGUCACUUUUCAGAGCCAAGUG